AUGGUAUAUGGUUUCCCCGGAAGUUUCCGGAUCUAUGAUGUACGGUUGUUGGGCGAGAGCUUAGUAAAGAAACAUGUCAGAUAUAGCAAGAAUGGUUCUAUGCCUCCACAUAACUACGCCUCUUGCAGGGUUUGUUUCAGGAACUCUCAAGGAUGCCUAACUAUUGUAACUGAUCUCUUGGAUCAAAUGGACCAAGGUUACAUUGUAUCCUAUAAAGCCAUAGAUUAUAAUAAGAUCAAUAUGGUCUAUAGGGACAACGGAAUGGAUGUCAUAACUCCUCAGUUCAACGACUCCGAGCCUAUACAAAUUACUUAUAACAGUCGAAAAACUUCUGUGACUCCUUUGGUCAUUAACUUACCGGGCCCAGUUCCCUACCAAUCUGAUAAAGUCGUGCUUUAUACGUACAAUGCUACAAUAACUGAGAAUAGAAAAGAGGUUCCUCUACCCUCCAUUGUUAACGUCGUUGAUGUAAGCAGGGUCAUAAUGAGUGGGCGAAUAUUUGCAAAAAGGACUGAGGAUAUUGCAGCAGGAAAGCAGGCUCAUGUUGAGAUCCCUUUUGAACCGAUUGGCCAAUCUGACAGCAUGAAUCAAAAAAGUGAUGACGAUGAGGCUCACCGUGAAGCUUUGCAGAAAGUCUUACAACAAACCUAUGUAGACCACGAUGUGACGGUCAAACAGUUUGAUGGUAUUGUCACUAACAUCACGGCAUGCGACUACUUGAGUUUCAGUAAUGAAGAGCUCCCCGAAGAAGGAAUAAAUCAUAACAUGGCACUAAAUAUCUCAAUCAACUGUAUGAAUGACUCCUUGUUAAGUGUGUUAAUGGAUACAUGUUCGUCUCUCAAUGUCAUGCCGAAGUGGACACUUUCCAGACUUUUUUUUCAAGGUGCUCUUAUGAAGAGUAGCGGGAUUAUUGUCAAAGCUUUUGAUUGUUCCAGAAAAACAGUCAUUGGAGAAGUCGACCUUCCUAUGACCAUCGAACCUCAUACAUUCCAGAUAACGUUCCAGGUGAUGGACAUACAAGUUGUGUAUAGUUAUUUAUUGGGUCGUCCUUGGAUCCAUGAAAUUGGGGCAGUCACUUCCACUUUGCAUCAGAAGCUUAAAUUUGUGAAGAAUGGGAAGCUAGUGACAACCUGUGGGGAGCAAGCACUAGUUGUGAGUCACUUAUCAUCUUUCUCUUAG